CUUGGCCGCACCUGGGCCCUGCUGCUCGGUUGCGAACUCUUUUCCCUCUCGACGUCCAACCAUCCAAUUGAGGUCGACACCCACUCCACAACCAUGAUCGCGCAAUCGUUGAGGGCUGCGCGCCCGUUGAUGGCUCGCAUUGCCGUCCAGUCCGCUCGCCGGACCAUCUUCACACCUUCUGCCGUCCGCUCGGCAGACCUUGUCCAGGACAUCUACCUGCGCGAAAUCAAGAACUACAAGCAACCCACCAUCAACGUUGCGAAGGACAGCGAGGGACACGUCCAGAAAUUCUCGGUCCCAGCGACACCAAAGUCUCCGGAGGAGACUGACCUUGCCAACGAUCUUAAGAGCUACGAGACCCAGCAAGUCGAGGUCGAGGGUGCAGCAAGUUCCGACGGUGCUGACUCUGCUAUGGUUGAGGAGGACUGGUUUGAGCCCGAGGAGGAGGCCGCACCAUCUGCGGCGCACUAGAUGCCACGCGCCAUGUAACAACAGCGGGGAGGAGUCGUGAUAAAUGCGGUCCACUAUGUACAUUCCAAAUAGUGCUCAUAAAAGAUCAUCAUAGAGAGAUCGCGAAGGAGAAUUCAUCCCGUUUGUUCUGCUGCA